GCAGCAGAUAAACGCCACCACUUUAAACUCUCUCUCUCUAGUCGCGCAGACCUUAUAAUAUCUCACGAAGUCUUUCCCUCUCUCUCUAUCUCUCAGUUCUCUUUCUCUCUCUAGAACCGCCGUUUUGCAACAAUGGGCACUUCUCUUCCUUCCAAAGAGGCCAACCUCUUCAAACUCAUCGUCAAAUCAUAUGAAACAAAGCAGUAUAAAAAGGGGUUGAAAGCUGCAGAUGCUGUAUUGAAGAAGUUUCCAGAUCAUGGAGAAACUCUGUCAAUGAAGGGGUUAACAUUGAAUUGCUUGGACCGCAAAUCAGAAGCAUAUGAACUUGUCCGGCUUGGUCUGAAGAAUGACCUAAAGAGUCAUGUUUGCUGGCAUGUUUAUGGUCUUCUGUACCGGUCAGACAGAGAAUACAGGGAAGCAAUUAAAUGCUAUCGAAAUGCCCUGAGGAUUGAUCCCGACAACAUUGAAAUACUACGGGACCUCUCUCUUUUACAGGCACAAAUGCGUGACUUGGCUGGUUUUGUUGAAACAAGACAGCAAUUAUUGAGUCUGAAACCAAAUCAUCGGAUGAAUUGGAUUGGCUUUGCUGUUGCCCAGCACUUAAACUCGAAUGGAUCAAAAGCAAUCGAUAUCCUUGAAGCAUAUGAAGGGACUCUUGAGGAUGAUCAUCCACCAUUUAAUGAACGUUGUGAGCAUGGGGAAAUGCUGUUAUACAAGAUUUCUUUGUUAGAAGAGUGUGGAUCUUAUGAUAGAGCUCUUGAGGAGUUGCACAAGAAAGAGUCUAAAAUAGUUGAUAAAUUAUCUUACAAGGAACAAGAGGUUGCUCUUCUAGUGAAGCUUCGCCACCUUGAAGAAGGUGCAAAAUUGUACAGGGUGCUGCUUUCUAUGAAUCCUGACAAUUACAGAUAUUAUGAAGGGCUACAAAAGUGUGUUGGACUAUAUUCAGAAAGUGGACUGUAUACCUCAGACGAAAUUGAUUUGUUAGAGGCCUUGUACAAAUCACUUGGGCAGCAAUACAAUAGGUCGUCUGCUGUUAAGAGAAUACCACUCGAUUUUCUAAAUGUAGAAAAGUUCCGGGAAGCGGCAGAUAAUUAUAUCAGACAUCUCUUAACUAAGGGGGUACCUUCAUUAUUUUCUGAUCUGUCUCCUCUCUAUGAUCACCCUGGGAAGGCAGACAUACUGGAGCAAUUGAUUCUUGAGUUGCAGCACUCAAUCAAGACGACUGGGGGAUUUCCUGGGAGAGCCGACAAAGAGCCUCCGUCAACAUUUAUGUGGACUUUGUUUUACUUGGCUCAGCAUUAUGACAGGCGUGACCAAUAUGACAUUGCUCUUGCAAAAAUUGAUGAGGCUAUAGAACACACACCAACUGUGAUUGAUUUAUACUUAGUCAAGAGUCGGAUAUUAAAGCAUGCUGGUGACUUCGCAGCUGCUGCUGCAUUGGCGGAUGAAGCUAGGUGUAUGGAUCUUGCAGAUCGCUACAUCAAUAGUGAAUGUGUCAAACGAAUGCUGCAGGCUGAUCAGGUUGCACUGGCAGAAAAGACAGCUGUAUUGUUCACAAAAGAUGGUGAUCAGCAUAAUAACCUUCAUGAUAUGCAGUGCAUGUGGUAUGAACUUGCGUCUGGGGAAAGUUACUUCCGCCAAGGUGACCUUGGACGGGCUUUGAAGAAAUUCUUAGCUGUGGAGAAGCAUUAUGCAGAUAUCACAGAAGACCAGUUUGACUUCCAUUCCUACUGCUUAAGGAAAAUGACUCUGCGGACUUAUGUGGAAAUGCUGAAGUUCCAAGAUCGGCUCCAUUCGCAUGCUUAUUUUCGCAAAGCAGCAGCUGGAGCCAUCAGAUGCUACUUAAAGCUGUAUGAUUCUCCUCCAAAGUCAUUAGCUGAAGAAGAUGAUGAAAUGGCCAAAUUGGCUCCUUCUCAGAAAAAGAAAAUGAGGCAAAAGCAGAGGAAGGCUGAAGCCCGAGCCAAGAAAGAGGCAGAAGUGAAAAAUGAGGAAUCAAGUGCAAGUAAUGCCUCUAAAACUGGAAAACGCCAUGUUAAACCAGUAGAUCCGGACCCACAUGGAGAAAAAUUAUUGCAGGUUGAAGUUCCUUUGUUGGAAGCUACAAAGUACUUGAAGCUACUUCAGAAGCAUUCUCCUGAUUCCUUAGAGACACAUUUGCUUUCAUUUGAAGUAAAUAUGAGAAAGCAGAAAAUCUUGCUUGCUUUCCAGGCAGUAAAGCAGUUACUGCAGUUGGAUGCUGAAAACCCAGACUCCCAUCGCUGCUUGAUAAGAUUCUUUCAUAAAGUGGGGUCCAUUCCUGCUCCAGUGACAGACUCUGAGAAACUUAUUUGGGGUGUCUUAGAAGCAGAGCGGCCUAAUUUGAGUCAGUUGCAUGAGAAAUCUCUCAUCGGGGCAAACACCUUUUUUCUUGAGAAACAUAAAGAUUCCUUGAUGCAUAGAGCAGCAGCUGCAGAAAUGCUUUAUGUUUUGGAACCAAACAAGAAGGCUGAGGCUAUCCAAUUGAUUGAAGAAUCAUCCAACAACCCGGUCUCAACAAAGGGAGCACUUGGAUCUGUCAGGGAGUGGAAACUCAAAGAUUGCAUCACGGUUCACAAACUUCUAGGAACAAUUUUGGCUGACCAAGAUGCUGCAUCAGGAUGGAAGGUGAGAUGUGCAGAAUACUUCCCAUACUCAACAUACUUUGAAGGUAGCCACAGCUCUGCUGUGACAAAUUCAUCUUACAAGAAGAUAUACAAGAACCCUGAAACUAUGGGUCCAAAUCAUCCAGAUGCUAAUCAAAGCACCGAGUUUCUUUCGUCAAAUGGAAAUGUAGAAAAGAUCGGGGGAUUUAAGGAUCUUGUCCUCUAA